AUGACUCCAAAGUCCUUCAAAAUAACCCCCAACAGGGUGAUUCUUUUUGGUUUCUUGCUCAAUUUUAUAUCAAUCCUGCUAUUCCUAGCUAAUCGUCAUUAUGCUUCCGAACUAUAUGAAAUGCUUGGGUUUUCUUCUGCUCAAGCGCCCAUCCCAACAAACUCAGAAGAUAUGUUUAUCUUAGACGUAUCAAUAAAUGGUUGCACAGCUUACAAUUAUAGAAACCCUGAUUGUGGGAAACCCAAGAGUGGAGAUGGUAAAUUUGGUGAUUUGACGGCGUAUGGAGCUGAUUGGAUUAGGGUGGAUAAAGACUUGUGUCUUGGAUUAUCGUGGUUUAGAAAGGAAGUAUUGUGGGUAAAGAAAAUUAGCCGUACUGAUUAUCGAAAAGUCCUUGAUGAGACUCAUUUGACAGACGAAGUGGUUAUUGAUAUUUCGGUACAGGAUCCUGAGCCUGAGUUCGAUAUCUCAACUGAACAGGAAUUAAACAAAAAAGAAUGGGAGUAUAGAUCGAAUAAUGUUUGGUUGAAGUAUGGUCCUCACAAUGACAAGAAUGUCGUCACUGCUGUUGACGUUUUAUUUGGUCAGGAUGCUGUUGAUCCUAGGCCAGAUUGGAAUUUUGUGGAGUCUUCAAUCAAGGAUGUUUGUGGUAUCGUGGGAUACUCGGCCUUUAUAACAUUUCGUAAAGGACCCAAAGUUGACUACAAGAGACAUUACAACAAACCCUUGGUAAUGAAUGAUAAAGACGAGUUCAAGAUUCUCCAAGUUGCCGAUUUACAUUUCUCGACUGGUAUUGGAGUGUGUUUCAAUGCUGAACCCCCAUCUUCUACUAUUGGAUGUCGGGCUGAUCCAAGAACUCUAGAGUUUAUUGGUAAAGUCCUUGACAUCGAGCAACCUGAUUUGGUUGUGUUAUCUGGUGAUCAAAUCUUUGGCUUGACUGCACCAGACUCGGCAACUGCAGCUUUGAAAGCAUAUAGCCCUUUUAUUGAACGUAAAAUACCUUUUGCUGCAGUAUUGGGGAACCAUGAUGCUGAGGGUUCAUUGGCAGCCAAAGAGUUGAUGCAAUUGUUUGCUGAUCUUCCCUAUAGUGUUGGUGUUGUUGGACCUGAAACAAUUGAUGGGUACGGAAAUUAUGUCACAACAGUACAGGGUAAAUCAAACUCAUCAGUAGCGUUGGCAUUCUAUUUUGUUGAUUCACAUGACUACAGUCAGAACAAGAAAGAGUACCCUGGAUAUGAUUGGAUCAAAGAAAACCAGUUAAAGUAUAUGAAGGAACAAGCAGAGUCAAUCAAGGAUGGAGUAGCUGAGUUUGAAAAGGAGAAAGUCAAACAAAAUGGAAAAAUUAAGAACAAGACCCACUUGUCAAUGGCCUUCUUCCAUAUUCCAUUACCUGAGUUCAAAAACACUACGGAGACGUUAGUUGGUACACCUAGAGAAGAUAGCGGAUCACCAAAAUACAAUUCUGGUGCACGUGAUGCUUUUCAAGAAAUUGGUGUGAAAGCCAUAAGUAUUGGACAUGAUCAUUGUAACGAUUAUUGCCUUUUGGAUAAACGUCAAUCACCAACCGAAGAGAAUCAGAUUUGGUUAUGUUAUGCCGGAGGUGUUGGAUUGGGUGGAUAUGGAUGUAAAGGGUACCAAAGAAGGACGAGAACAUAUGUGUUUAAUACGGCAAAAGGUGAAAUCAAAUCAUGGAAGAGAGCUGAAAACGAACCAGAAGUUAGAAUUGAUGAGCAGAUUUUGGUCUCGGAAGGUGUUAUUGGAAAUUGGCUUUAG